AUGGCCGGGCUUUUCAACCUGCGACGGUACGGUGCAUCCAUCGCCCGGCACCAUCUGCUAACCGGUGGCGCGACCCGUCGACGACCGCCACCACACGCGAAUGUGUUCGGACGGGCACUGCACACCACCACGGUGCUGGAUCGUGUCGUUUCCUUCCAUCUUUCCGACAUCGGCGAAGGUAUCCGGGAGGUAACGGUGAAGGAGUGGUACGUGAAGGUGGGCGACGUGGUGGAACAGUUCGACAAUCUUUGCGAGGUGCAGAGUGACAAGGCGUCGGUAACGAUCACCAGCCGGUACGAUGGUAAAAUCGUUAAACUGCACCACAGUGUCGACGAGAUAGCGCUCGUCGGCAAACCGCUGCUCGAUUUCGACGUGGAGGACCAGGAAGAGGACGACAGCAGUAGCAGUAGCAGCAGCAGUUCGGACGAGGAAAGUGAGCGGAAGGAUACGAAAUCGUCUGAUGUUAGUGGACAUGCUCCGACUGGGAAGGUCCUCGCAACGCCUGCCGUACGCAGGAUAGCGAUGGAGAACAAGGUGGACCUGACGAAGGUAUCGGCAACCGGGCGCAAUGGGCGUGUGCUCAAGGGUGAUGUGCUGGAAUUUCUGCAGGUCAUCCCGAAGGGUACGGUUAAGCCACAUCCGACCCUCCUCGCGCAAUUUGGCAAGGAGCAACGCAAACCAGAACCGGCUACACCGAUCGAUCUGAAACAGGCAGAAACAGUCGUACCACUGAAGGGCGUUGCAAAAGCUAUGGUUCGAUCGAUGACGGAUGCACUGAAAAUACCCCACUUUGCGUACUGCGACGAGGUGGAUGUGACUAAGCUGGUGGAGGUGCGCUCACAGCUCAAGGAAGAAGCGGCUCGUCUGGGCAUCAAGCUAACGUAUAUGCCAUUCUUCCUAAAAGCAGCCUCGAACGCGCUGCUCCAACAUCCAAUAUUGAACAGCUCUUUCGACGAGUCGUCCGAGAGCGUUAUUUAUAAGAAGUAUCACAACAUCAGCGUGGCUAUGCAGACACCGCAAGGUUUGGUAGUGCCGAAUGUUAAGAACGUUGAGCAGAAGUCCAUACUGCAGAUAGCGAACGACCUGAACGCAUUGCAGGAACGUGGUGCGAAAGGGGCGCUCACACCGAACGACUAUGCGAACGGUACGUUCGCGCUGUCGAAUAUUGGAAUUAUCGGUGGUACAUAUACGCACCCGGUCGUCAUGACGCCCCAGGUCGCAAUCGGUGGACUCGGCAAGACCCGAGUGUUGCCUCGGUUCGACGAUGCCGGACAAGUGGUACCGGCCCACAUAAUGGUGGUCAGCUGGACGGCGGAUCAUCGCGUGAUCGAUGGUGUGACAAUGGCUACCUUCUCCAACCUGUGGAAGCAGUACCUGGAGAACCCGAACCUGCUAAUGUUGGGUCCUAAGUGA